ACGCGAACGAAAACACUUUCCUGGCAAUAAGAUGUCGAAAAGGAUGUCAAACACACUUCGGAGAAUAUACAAACAAAACUGUGAACAGGGUUAUCCGUCAGCGCCAGAAAAUCAAUCGAGUUUAUCAGAAAACACACCGAAUAGUCCAGUCAAAAGUAAUCUUUAUGCGGAGCUAAAUUAUUCGCAGGAAGCACAUUCAGUAGUUGUCGCACCAGCAACAGGAAAUGUUUUAGUUUCACAGAAAAAAAUUCGACACCGACGGCUUGGAUCUGCUGAUAGCAAUUACAGUUUCACUUUCACACCCAAACAAAUCGACCGUCGCAAUGUAAAAAUGGUGCACAUGGAAACGCAAACCGAUACAAUUGAUAAUGAUAAUGUCACAGAGUACAGUCCAAAUUUUGAACUUCCAAUUAUGUCAGUAAAAUCUUCAUUCACAUCCACUGAAUUUAAAUUUAAAGACGACUCAUCGCAUGAAGGAGAAAAGGAAGAAGAAGCACAACGAGCCUCAGAUUUGUCGGAGGAAAUUUAUUUGAACAAUGGAAACAUAAUAUCAACAUCCAAUACUCAUUAUGAAACGGAUCGAAUCUACGAUUAUAUGAAUAGUAAUGAGCAACUAGAUAUUGUAGAUAUUCGUGAAAGUAGUGAUGAGGACAACGUAGAAAAAUUGAAUCGUCGUGUUAGUAAUUUUUUCAAUCAGAAUGGUUUAAUACAAUCAGCGGACAAUGGGAAUGGAUCUAUGAUUGAAAAUCGUUUAUUAUUCAAUAUUAUGGCAGCACGUCGAAGCUGUAUCAGUAUUACUGACAAAGAAGUUACGGUCCUUAGUCGGAGUAACAAUGCUCACACUAAUAGCGACCGCAGUCGUGACCCGUCGAAUGUAUGUUACAAAAUUAGUGAUUACAAUUGCAAUAAUGAUGAUGGAGAUGAUAGUUGGACUGACGAGGAAGGUGAAGAGGAAACUGACCGAAACUUUUCACUGCGAAGAAAAAGUUUUGCACGAACGCCAAUUGGUCGGGCACGUAAAAAUAAAUUGCAAAUGAUUAACUUAUCGUCAACCUUGUCUUCAUCACCCAAUGCCACAAGUAUCAGUGAUGAAGAAGGAAAUACAUCAGAAUGCAGUCAGCGGCAAACAUCUUCGAGUGUUCAUUCAACAGUAGACAGUUUGUAUGUCAUAAGCAAUCAACCAAAAUCCACACCUGACAAAUUUCACCCUCAGAAUUCAAAAAUCGAUUUAACGCAAAUAGAACAAUGAGUAAUCUUAAUAAUUUAAUUGUGUUCGAAAAUUAAGUCUAACUAGGAAGUUGUAGGUAGUAAGUUCACAAUUCUGGGAUAAAAAUAAACAAAUUGUUCUUUUUUCGAAAAAAUUUCCAAUAAUGUAAUGCAAAGCAUCAAUAAAAAAGUAUCGAAUUCAAA